UCGAAAACCAUGGAGGGCUCCGGAGAGAUUCUUUGUGAAGGAGAGCUGGAGAAGCGAAGUGACAGCCUGUUCCAGCUGUGGAAGAAGAAGCGCGGCGUGCUCACCGACGACCGCCUGCGCCUCUACUCCGGGAGCAGCGAGCGCGUCAAAGAGCUGCUCUUGAGCUCCAUCCUCAAGGUGGACUGCGUGGAGCACACCAGCAAGUACGUGUACUUCACCAUCGUCACCACCAACUUCAAGGAUAUCGACUUCCGCUGCACCGGCAAGACCUCCUGGAACGCGUUCAUCACCCUGGCGCUGAUCGACUACCAGAACCGCCGGGCGUUGGAAGGCUUCCGCCGCAACCGUUUUCAGCGCGUCGCUUCGGAAGAGCAGCCGGAAUCCGAAGAGCAGCGUGCCCUGAGUCCUUGGGUGGCUGCCCUCAUUGUCCCCUCCCACCCACAUAUCAUCUGUCCAGCAGCUGAUGUGAAGGACUGA